AUGUCUCCCCCCAUGGCUGGAGCGCGAGAGAAGGAGUCGAACUUGGCGCGUGUGUUGGGGUCCGGUUCUGCCGGUAUCGCCGAGCUGGCAGUUUUCCACCCCGUUGAUACCAUUGCGAAGCGGCUCAUGAGCAACGAGGGCAAGAUCGGCUCCGCGUCGCAACUCAACACCGUCAUCUUCAAGGACAAGGCUAGUGCGCCGUUCGCGCGCAAGUUUGUCUCGCUCUUCCCCGGUCUUGGGUACGCCGCCGGAUACAAGGUGCUGCAGCGCGUGUACAAGUACGGCGGCCAACCCGUCGCCCGUGACUAUCUCACCACCCACUACGGCAAGGACUUUGAGGGCGCCUUUGGAAAGAAGACCGGGAAGGCUAUUUUGCACUCGACUGCGGGCAGUCUUAUUGGCAUCGGUGAGAUCGUCCUCCUGCCGCUCGACGUGCUCAAGAUCAAACGUCAAACCAACCCCGAGGCCUUCCGUGGCCGUGGUGUCUUCACCAUCAUCAAGGACGAAGGUUUCGGUCUAUACCGUGGCUGGGGCUGGACGGCGGCGCGUAACGCCCCCGGGUCCUUCGCGCUGUUCGGUGGAUCUGCGUUUGCCAAGGAGUUCGUCUUCGGCCUGCAGGACUACAACAAGGCGACAUGGUUCCAGAACUUCGUCGCCUCUAUCGCCGGCGCGUCGGCCUCGCUGGUCGUCUCGGCCCCGCUCGAUGUCAUCAAGACGCGCAUCCAGAACCGCAACUUCGAAAACCCGGAGAGCGGCUUCCGCAUCCUCAGCAACAUGGCCAAGAACGAAGGUGCCACGGCCUUCUUCAAGGGUCUGGUUCCUAAGCUCCUCAUGACCGGCCCCAAGCUCGUCUUCUCCUUCUGGCUGGCGCAGACAUUGAUCCCUGCGUUCGACACGGCUUUCAAGAAAUAA